AAUGGGUUCUACUGUUCCUGUUUCUUCCAUGUUGUUAGUACUACUGGCGGUGUUCCACGUCUCCACAUUGGGACAGUGUCAGAGCCCCCCAAUCCUGACAGGAGAGCCCCAGGACCCCUCCUCAUCCCUGGGACUGAUACAAGACACGACAUCCCUGGACCUCCAUGUCCCCGUCUCUUCCACACUCUCUCCUGGACACAAACAUCUCAAACAUGGACCCGUCACUCCUCCAACACCUCCUCCUCCUCCUCCUGGGGAGUACGUGUCGGGCACGUAGCGCCCCCUGUCUGUCACCAGGUGACCUUCAUAAAGACAGCCUUUAAAUACAUCAACACGGCGAUCAGCUGUGUGAUAUUCAUGGUCGGGAUGGUGGGGAACGCUACUCUACUGAGGAUUAUCUACCUGAAUAAGACCAUGAGGAACGGACCCAAUGCCCUGAUAGCCAGCCUGGCCCUGGGGGACCUGAUCUAUAUCACUAUAGAUAUACCCAUCAACGUAUAUAAGCUCCUGGCUGGCUCAUGGCCGUUUGAUGACAGGUCCUUUGGUCUGUUCCUCUGUAAGCUGGUCCCCUUCCUGCAGAAAGCUUCUGUUGGCAUCACUGUCCUCAACCUGUGUGCCCUGAGCGUAGACAGGUAUCGUGCAGUAGCGUCGUGGAGCAGGGUCCGGGGUGUCGGCAUUCCCCUGUCAACAGCGGUAGAGAUCAUCUCUAUUUGGCUGUUGUCCAUGCUGUUGGCUGUACCAGAGGCUAUAGGAUUCAACAUGGUCACCUUCGAGUACCGGAACGCCACCAUACGGACCUGCAUGCUCAGCCCACACACACCAUUCAUGACGUUCUACCGGGAUGCCAAGGACUGGUGGCUGUUUGGGUUCUAUUUCUGUGUUCCCUUGGCGUGUUCCGCCGUGUUCUACACGCUGAUGACAUGUGAGAUGUUACAUCACAGGAACGGAUCCCUCCGGAUCGCGCUCAGCGAACACCUCAAACAGCGUCGGGAGGUAGCCAAGGCAGUGUUCUGCCUGGUCCUGAUCUUUGCUCUGUGCUGGUUCCCGCUCCACCUCAGCAGGAUACUGAAGAAGAUGGUUUACAUGUCCCAUGAUGCCAGACGCUGUGAACUGCUCAAUUUCCUGUUGGUCCUGGACUACUUCAGUAUUAACCUGGCCACAGUCAACUCCUGCAUCAACCCCAUCAUACUCUACUUCGUCAGCAAGAAGUUCAAAAACUGCUUCAAGUCGUGUCUCUGUUGUUGGUGUGACUCCAGUUCCUUGGUCAACAGUAUGGUACCUCUCAACCUCAAUGGAACCAGCCUGCAGUCUAAGAACCCUGAUCAACAGUAUGGUACCUCUCAACCUCAAUGGAACCAGCCUGCAGUCUAAGAACCCAGAUCAACAGUAUGGUACCUCUCAACCUCAAUGGAACCAGCCUGCAGUCUAAGAACCCUGAUCAACAGUAUGGUACCUCUCAACCUCAAUGGAACCAGCCUGCAGUCUAAGAACCCUGAUCAACAGUAUGGUACCUCUCAACCUUAAUGGAACCAGCCUGCAGUCUAAGAACCCAGAUCAACAGUAUGGUACCUCUCAACCUCAAUGGAACCAGCCUGCAGUCUAAGAACCCUGAUCAACAGUAUGGUACCUCUCAACCUCAAUGGAACCUGCCUGCAUUCUAAGAACCCAGAUCAACAGUAUGGUACCUCUCAACCUUAAUGGAACCAGCCUGCAGUCUAAGAACCCAGAUCAACAGUGGGUUGGGGGAGUUGUGUGUGUGUGUGUGUACAACAAUGGAUCGGAUGCCCUCUGGCGUUUAUUCACUAAGAUGCACUAUGGAUAUUUUUGGGACUAUAUACAUCAUGCAGUAUUUUUGGGACUAUAUACAUCAUGCAGUAUUUUGGGGACUAUAUACAUCAUGCAGUAUUUUGGGGACUAUAUACAUCAUGCAGUAUUUUGGGGACUAUAUACAUCAUGCAGUAUUUUGGGGACUAUAUACAUCAUGCAGUAUUUUGGGGACUAUAUACAUCAUGCAGUAUUUUGGGGACUAUAUACAUCAUGCAGUAUUUUUUGGACUAUAUACACCAUGCAGUAUUUUUUGGGACUAUAUACAGUGCAUUCAGAAAGUAUUCAGACCCCUUGACUUUU